AUUUAACGUCAAAUUUGUACUGGCAGAGGAUCAUAAUUAUAGACGUUGUUUAAUGGAAGACUAUUUGGGAAAGGCAUAAAAUCUAUAAAAGUAUGACGUUAGUGAAGUUUUUCAUCAGUCUUUUAUAUAUAUCGUUCGGAAGGAUGGAAAUGUUUUGUCCUGCUGACUGUAAAUGUGGAAACAGAUCUGCUACUUGUGACGGAAGUAAUACAAAUGUCAAAUUAAGCUACAUUCCAAAAUUUCCAAGUUAUAUUACUGAAGUAAUAUUUAUCAACAACAAUAUAUCGAACUUGUCUAGAUCGACGUUGAAGAAUCUAUCACCACUGACAAUUACUCAUUUAGAUUUGAAAAAUAACAAUAUCAAAUUCAUGCAUAAGGAUACAUUUGCAUAUAUGAAAAACUUAGUCAAACUUGAUAUUUCCGGUAACGAUAAAGUUCGAAUAGAAGAUGUUCAAAAAUGUCUGCACAAUUUGCCAAGUACUUUACAAAAAUUGUUAUUGAAUCAUAUGCUGUGGAAGCCACUCAAAAAUAUGAAUAACAUGUUUGCCGGUUUGAAAAAAGGCAAACUAAGAAGAAUUGAAUUGAGUCAUAGCUAUUUAAAGCCUUUCAGUGGACAAUGGUUUGCUGGACUGGACUCGUUAACAGAUUUAGAUAUAUCAUGGAACUCUAUCGGAGAUAAGGAUCUUAAUUUCAAAGGCCUGAAUAAUUUGAGAUGGUUUAGCCUUAUAGGAAACUAUUUAAAUUAUGUCCCAGAUUUUUGUAGAGGUGAUUUAUUUAAACUAGAAACACUUUUACUUUCAAAUACUAGAUUAGCUCAUCUAAAAGACCUUCAAAAUAAUACUCGUUGUCUUAGACAAUUGACAACUCUUCGUUUAAACGGAAUUGCUGUACCAGUUAUUCCAAACAAUACAUUCUCUGAAUUGAAAUCUCUUAAAGUUUUGGAAAUGACAAAGAUCUCAACGCAACUCAAAAAGAUUCUACCAUUAGCGUUCAACAGUUCAUCAUUAUCAAGUUUGUCAUUUUCAAAAAGUGAUAGAUUUAUUUUUGGUAAAACAUUUGUGCAAAAGGGGUAUUUUGAUCCAAAAACUUUAUUUAGAUUCUGCCCGAGUUUAACUAAGUUGGACUUGUCUCAUAAUUUGAUAGAAUUUACAAACCAAGAAAUCAGAGACAUGUUCUCACCCUUAAUCAACUUAAGAGAAAUCAAACUUCAAUUUCUAGACUUAGUAUUGAUGCCUAGACAUUUUUUUCAUCAAUUUCCGCUUAUACAGAUGAUCUACCUAGAUCACAAUAUACUUGUUCCAUGGACCAAUGGUAAGGACAUAUUUCAGGGUUUAACAAACCUUAAGGAACUUCAUUUAUCGUCUAAUAGAAUUUGCCACUUUAGCUCUUCAUCUGUUCCUGAAAAUAUUUUGAAAACUUUAAAGUCAAUAGAUCUGACUGGGAACCAGUUUUCUUGCACGUGCAAACUUAUAUGGUUCAAACAUUGGAUGCAGAAUACAAAAAUUAAACUCGUAAAUGAAACUUAUUAUAAAUGUGAUGACCAUACAAAGCUUCAGGAUUACAACCCAACGUACAUUGCAUGUUCAAAUGUCAUUUUUCUCAUUACUGUCUCAGUUGGAAGCAGUGUUUGCCUUCUCCUCGCAGCUACUAUUCUUGUUUACAGUUGCAGAUGGCGUAUUCGAUUCCACAUUUAUAAAAUACUUUCCACAUCCCAUUACUACCAGCAAAUUAAUGGCGACGAUUACAAAUAUAGUGCAUACGUUAUAUACUGUUACGAAGACUUUAAGUGGAUAAAACAUGAACUUAUACCUAAAAUGGAAGAGAAGCACGGAUUACAUCUAUGUAUACCGCACAGAGAUUUCGAACUUGGAAAAGUGUUUGCAGACAAUAUUGUUGAACAUAUGAAUUUAAGUAAAACAGUGAUUACGGUUCUGUCAAAUAAUUUUGCGAAAAAUGAAUGGUGCUUAUUUCAGCUUGCUGUGGCUCGCAGUAAAUUGUCAAAAGAUGGGACGUUUUCUAUUUUUCCUGUUAUGCUUGAAGAAAUCGAUUUUAAAAACAUGAAUUCAUCCUUAUAUUCAUUAAUCAAAUUAUCUAGCUAUGCAGCCUGGAACUUUAAUGAAAGAGGAGUAGAACUGUUCUGGAAACAAGUUAGAAACCAUGUACAGUAGAUACAAAAAUGACAGUGAAAUUAUUAAGUCAUCUUGUAACAAAUAUGACUUAAACUCCUUGUUUGUUACUUACUUUUUUAAUAUGGCUUUUCAGUUAAACAUGUAAUAACACAUCCAAACUCCUUGCACAUUGAUGUAUAAUAAUGCAUAGCUAUAAUUAAGCUAGGAUUGUAAUAUAUAUGAUGUUUCAUGAUAUAUUUUAUAAGUAUGUAAUGUGUCAUGCCAUGUUAUAAAAGAUCAUCACAUUGA